AUGCCGCCCUCUGCCGGCCGCAUGCGUCUUCUGCAGCGCCAGUUCUUCCGCAGCAACAGCAGCAGAACAGCAGCAGCAGCAGCAACAGCAGCAGUAACAGCAGCAGCAGCAGCAACCCCAACAGCAGCAACAAUAGCAGCAGCAGCAGCAGCAGCAAGGAAGGACCCCGGCUUAAGAUCUGCAGCGCUGACCCGAUUUAUUCCCGUUUCCUCUUUGCCUCCGAAACUAAUAAAGAGGCACAUCCAGAACAGCAGCAGGCAGAAGCAGCUAAGAGAUUCCCUUCUCCAGUCUUCAGCCAAUCAGCAGCAGCAGCAGCAGCAGCUGCUGCAGCAGCAGCAGCAGCAGCGGCCGUGGCGUGGGUAUAAAAGUAAAUAUUUCGGGGGGGAAGUAAAGAAACAAAGCAGCAGCAGCAAGUCUGCUGCUGCUGCUGCUGCUGCUGCUGAAGACCCUUAUGUCCGGCUGUCUCAAACUGCUGCAGCUUUUACCCGAGGCUGA